AUGUUAGUAUUAUAUGCCCUGAUAGUAUGUUUAAGCGUUACUGCUUCUAGAAUUUAACUUAAUGAACGGAGAUAUUUUUAAGAUGAGAAUGGUGCUAUUAGAAUAUUUCAUGGAUUUAAUGUAGUAUAUAAAUAAGCACCUUACAUUCCAAAAACAGAAGGAUUUGAUUAUAUGGAAACAUUUAGUGAGGAGGAUUGUUAAAUUUUGAAGAAUAAUGGUUUUAAUGUAAUUAGACUUCAUGUUUCAUUUGAAGGAGCAAUGCCUAAUAGAGGAGAAUUAGAUGAGUAAUAUUUAGAUAAGAUAUCAAUAAUAGUGAGAAUGGCUGCAAAAUACAAUAUAUAUGUUAUUUUGGAUGCUCAUUAAGAUUUAUUUAAUCGUUAAUUUUGUGGGAAUGGAUUUCCUGAUUGGGCAAUUUAAAAUGUAGAUUUUCCAUCACCAUCAAAAAUGCAAAUGAGAUUUGAUUCUUAAGGAUAUCCAUUAUUAGAAGAUUGUUAUUAGUAAUAAUUUGCAUUAUUUUAUUCAACAAAUGAUAUAGGGAGACAUUUUGAAAUGCUUUAUGAAAAUAAAAAUGGAUUGGCAGAUUAUUUUGGUUAAUUCUGGUAAAGAAUAGCAGAAAAAAAUAAAUAUGAAUGGAAUGUUAUUGGUUAUGAAAUUUUAAAUGAACCUUCUCCAGGAAAUUAUGAAAAAGGGAAAAUUAACUUUUUUUGGCCAGGAUAUGCAAAUUAAAAAUAUUUAAUUAAAUUUUAUAGAUUGAUUCACAAUUAUAUUAGAAAGGUUGAUAAUGAAAAAAUUAUAUUUUUUGAAUCUGAUUUUUUAGAUUUAUUUGGAGCUGGUUUUGAUGAAAAUAUAGGUGGAGUUGAAUAUUAAAAUAAAGAAGUCUUUAGUUAUCAUGUUUAUUGUGGUAUAGAAAAGAUUUCAUCAUGGAGUUGUAAUAGAAUUCAUUCCUUAAUUUAUUAUCUUAAGAUGAGAAAUGUUUAAAAUCUUAAAAUAGGAGGUUUUUUGACUGAAUUUGGAGCUGUUGGAAAUGAUGAAUAAUCUAAAGAUAUACUUGAUUUUAUUCUUGAUAAAGCUGAUGUUUAUUAAUAAUCUUGGACUUAUUGGUAAUAUAAAGGAUAUAAUGAUCAUACAACUAUGUCAACCAUGUAUGAAGAAGGACUUUUUAAUGAAGAUGGAUCAUUUUAAAAUCUAAAAUUUAAUGCUUUAAGAAGACCUUAUGCUUAUCAAAUUUGUGCAGAUUCUAUAGAAACUAAUUAAUAUUAUUCUGAUACUAAAGAAUUCUUUUUAUCAUUUAAAUCUAAAUCAGGUUGCUAAACAAAAAUCUUUAUUCCAUAAUAAUAAGGCUCUUCUUAAACUUUUGAUUAUAAAUGUAACAAUUGUUCUUUAGUUAUUAUUGAAAAUUAACAUUAUGAAGUAGUUGGAGAAGGAUAUAUUGAAAUAUAUUUUUAAUUAUGA